AGUUGCGCUUUCUCCAUCUCUUCUCUGUUCAUCAGAGCCUGUCGCUGCUUCUGUUACUGCAAGGCAAUCUCGCGAUUCCACCGCCACGCCACGUCGUCACAGACCAACUUCGUUCCUCGUGAACAAUAAAGGCGCUCUUCCCGGGGCUCGUGGCAUCUCUUUGGUCCGAUCGAUCGUCCUUUCUUUUUCCUUCUCCCUCUCUCCCCUCUCACUUCUUUGAACCGCCUUUUCUUGGUAGUUCAAACAAACAAACAAACAAAAAAGAAAAAGAAUUCUCCCCCGCCGGUCUGGGCAAUUAAUCGAACACCGGAUGAUGUUCCGUCCGCCUUCAAAUUGACUCCGUUCUGUCCUCCCCUGCGUUUCGCGUUGUUCCUCCUCACGUCCGUUUCGCCCUGUUCCGGCACGUGAAGUGGAAGCCUCACCAUCUGCGCGAUCUUCAGUCACCGCCAGCCUGACUACCACGCUAGUAGUCUUGACUCGUCCAUCAUGUUAAAACCCGCCCAGUUUCUAGAUACCAGACGGCGCGAUAGUUUUGAAACCAUGGCUGAGUCGUCCCCGUCAUCUCGCCAGCCUCCGUCGCCCUGGACCACCACCUCCUCCACGCCUGUUUCACCCGCUGUGUCUCUUUUCUCUGCCAAGGGCCACACGCGCUUUUCCAGCUCGGUUUCGUCCCUGGUUUCAUCCCCGGGGCACGGAAACUCGAUGGAGAGCCCGUCGCGGAAUCCCUUGACAGGAGUGAAGGAAGAACCCUGUGGGUCUCCGCCCAGGGACCUCGAGGAGGAUUAUUUCCAACACUUUGACCAAGGUCUCUCGGUCGCCGAGGAUUCAUACUACGCUUCUUUCGAUGCUUCUGACAGCUACGAUCUAACGGAUGCCGGCAUGGAUCUUGCACAUUCGCCCAGGAAUCGACGCUCUGAUAGUAUCUCCGCCCGGGGUCUUUCGCGCAUCGGCUCCCGAAUCUCCACCAUCUCCACUCGCUGGAAGUCCAAACGUGCCUCCGAUGGCCCGGACGGUGCAGAUGUAUUCGCAACACAGCUGCGUUCCCGCACUAAUUCAGCAUCAUCCGCCAUAGCCAGUCCCACUACGGGUUCUUUCACUCGCGUCAAUUCGAUCCAGGUUCCUCCAUCACCCGCCAGGACUAUCUUUGAGGAGGCCAUCAGCGAAGCCGGUACGCAACCUAUUGAUAUCAGCAAAGCCAACCGGUACAGCCAGGAAGAGGAUUCGGCCCCUCAAGCAACGACUCCCCUACUGCCACCGUUCAUGGGCGACGAAUCAUCCUACCAGACCGCGUCUCGCGUCCAUUCUCCGUUACAAUCCCCUUCAGUAGCCGACAAUAUGGUAGAUGACGGCCCAGUUGUCUGCAGCGCUGUCGCCGAUCUGCGAUUAGCAGGCUUACCUUCACCACCCCUCUCGUCCAAGCCAUCUGUCGCAUCGUUCAAUCGUCCACGAGCCAGUACAGUGCGGACUGUUUCGGGAGAUGCGCCUCCAUUCACGCUCUCCGACCCAAAUGACGAGUGGGCGAACAGACUCGGUCAUGCCAACUUUACCAUCCAGCCGGAGCCUUAUGUACCCGAGACCUGUGACUUGGGAACGUUUGGGCAGCUGCGCGCAGAUUGGGACCUGGCUCAGUGCAACUUCAUGCGCCAUCUCGUGCGGACUGGCGAACAUUAUGGCGUUACUUCCACGAUCUACAAGCUCACCGAAGAGAAGUGGGAGUCCAUCAAUCGCGAAUGGCGCCGCCAUCAUGAGGCGAUGCUAUCUGAGCUAGAAGUGACAGAGGGACCCCGUCUUAGUUUGAUGAAGUCCCACUGUGACCCUUGCGACCCGGUCAAAAUCCCUCGCCUUCACGACAACAAGUUCCCCGAGCUAGGCGAUGGCGAGAUCGUGGGUCCUAUGAAAAUCGCUCCAGCAGCGAAUGGAUCCGGACUAUGUCGCACCCGUUCGUUGAAACGCAACUUUGUCAAGUUCUUCCAGGAUCUCGUUAUUCGGUCCUGAUUUGACUGCCUUGACACGAACAUGGAAACAAUUAAUGACCAUAGACAGACUGCGGGAGGCUUACGAUGUAUACCAUCCUACGACUUUUCUUAACGCCUCUCGAACGAUUGAUUC